AUGCCCAUCAAGCAGCUCGACACACCAUACCCGCUCAUCGAUGCGGACCCGCACUUUUCGCGCGUGGUGAGGAAUUUCCGCUCCUCGGACUACGCCGCCAUGGCGGGCGCGACCGCCGCCUUCCCCAGCGCCAUCUACGCCAUGGAGAUGUUUGAUCCUACCCGACCCAAGCACGGCCUGCGAUCGGCGCUACGACUUUCCACUUUCCUCGGCCUCGCCGGCGGAUUCCUGCUGGCGUAUCAGAGGUCUAGCUUCCGGUUCUGGGGAUGGAGGGAAAACGAGCUGGAGCAGGCCACCGCCAAGGCCGAGAUUGACGCUGGCAUCAAGCCUCCGGGCACCGACCCGUCCAAGUCGGACCUCACACCAUUCCUCCAGGGCGUGGCGCACAGGAACUCGGCCUUUUCCCAGCUCAAGUUCAGCACGCUGCCCUGGUUCAACGUCGUCGACCACCCAUACCACAACGACGAGUCGUCGCAGUAG